UCUGCUGAAUCAAAACAAUGGCCGACAGUCUGGCUUGGUUUGUACCUCUUGUGAGCCUUUAACUGUUUUACUCAUAACGUUGAUAUGCUCUGUGUUUCAAGCGUUUAUUGUGAUGGAUAGAUGAUUGAAUAAGUGCGAUUUCAAAAAAGAAAAACAGCUGACAAGCCCCGUUUUUCGCUGACAAAAUGAGCGAUGUUGUGGAGAAGACCCUGACAGCUCUGCCGAGCCUCCUGUCUUUAGACUCACAGCCUGGAUCUGCUAAACUGUCCUCCACCUCCAAACUAGGAAACCUCAUCAGAGGAAUCACUGAGCUGACGUCCAAGCACGAGGAGGAAAAGCUUAUUCAGCGUGAGCUAUCCUCUAUUAAAGAGCAGGUGUCCUCCCCGAACACCUCCAUGAGGCAGAUGAAGGAGCUGAUGGUGAGAGCGAUCUACUGUGAAAUGCUCGGUUAUGAAGCUUCAUUCAGCUACAUCCAUGCCAUCAAACUGGCUCAACAAGGCUCUGCUCUGGAAAAAAGAGUUGGCUACCUUGCUGUAUCAUUGUUUCUAAAUGAAAGUCAUGAGCUGCUUCUUCUCCUUGUAAACACCGUGUUAAAGGAUCUUCAGAGCACAAACCUCAUAGAAGUGUGCAUGGCUCUAACUGUCGUCAGCCAGAUGUUCCCCAAAGAUAUGAUUCCUGCCAUUCUUCCUCUGGUGGAGGAGAAACUUAAUCACCCGAAAGAGAUCAUUCGGAGAAAAGCAGUCCUGGCGCUCUAUAAAUUCUACCAAAUAGCUCCAAAUCAAGUUCAACACAUUCACAACAAGUUUCGCAAAGCUCUGUGUGACAAGGAUCCUGGUGUCAUGACGGCUUCACUCCACAUCUACCUGCAGAUGAUCCAGGAGAAUCCAGAGGGUUAUAAGGACCUGACAGCAAGUUUUGUCACCAUACUGAAGCAGGUGGUGGGAGGAAAACUACCCAUGGAUUUUAACUAUCACAGUGUCCCUGCUCCAUGGCUGCAGAUUCAGCUCCUCAGAAUACUGUCCUUGCUUGGGAAAAAUGACCAGAGCACGAGUGAGAUCAUGUAUGAAGUUCUUGACGAGUCGUUACGAAGAGCAGAGAUGAAUCACAACAUCACCUAUGCAAUAUUAUACGAGUGUGUGAAGUGUAUUUACACGAUCCACCCCAAAUCCGAACUGUUGGAAAAAGCUGCAAAGUGCAUCGGCAACUUUGUUCUAUCACAGAAGAUUAAUCUCAAAUAUCUUGGGUUGAAGGCCCUCACCUAUGUGGUCCAGCUGGAUCCUAAACUGGCCCUGCAGCAUCAGAUGACCAUCAUAGAGUGCCUUGAUCACCCCGACCUCAUCAUCAAGCGAGAGACACUGGAGUUGCUGUUUCGGAUCACAAAUGCCCAGAAUGUGACGGUCAUCGUGGAGAAGAUGCUGGAGUUUCUACAGAUCAGUAAAGAUGACUACACCACCACUGACUUAGUGGGGAAGGUUGCAGAACUGGCGGAAAAAUAUGCUCCAGACAAUGAGUGGUUCAUUGAAACCAUGAACACUGUGUUUUCAGUGGGUGGAGACAUGAUGCAGCCCGACAUCCCAAACAACUUUCUUAAACUGCUGUCUGAGGGAUUUGACAGCGUGGAGGAAGACAGAAAGUUGAGGCAGUUUGCUGUAGACUCGUAUAUUUCCUUGCUUCAUGGUAGACCUGGUAAACUGCCUCAGCGCUUCCUCCAGGUCAUCAGCUGGGUCCUCGGUGAGUACUCCCAUUUACGGGAGGAUCUUGAACCUGCCACUGUCCUGAGGCUGCUCUCCAGACUGCUUGAUUCUAAGACCACCAGCAGUGAAACCAAGAGCUGGGUGCUCAUGGCAAUGACAAAGCUGUGUUCGGGCACAGCGGGUAUUUCUGUGGCUCAGGAGAUUUCUGAAACAUACAGCAGCUCCCUGGACACCGUACUGAGACAGAGAGCUCAGGAGCUACAGCACCUCAGCCAGGACUCUGAACUACGAGCCAGAGUGCUGCCAGGAGACGGCAGCCAGGAACCCCUAGAGGUAGAUUCCUCUCUGUCAUUCCUAGACGGAUUCGUGUCAGAGGCGUUGGCUGCUGGUUCAGCACCUUACAAGCCUCCUCAUCAGCGGCAGGAGGAACUCGCUCAGGCAAAAGCUCUGAAUCUGGAGCCGUACGGCCUGUCUCUGCCCAUCAGCAUGUCCUCCUGCAGCAUCACAGACAGACAGUCUCCCACACUGUUGUCCAUCAGCUCCGGUCUGUCAGGCGACAGCACUGAACUCUCACACAAAGGAAGCUCUGCCACUCUGAAGCUCGAUGGAGUGAAGCGGGUCUGGGGGAAGGAGGGCUACUUGGCGCACGGGGAGGAAACUGCCCAGGUGGAGGUUCCUAGUCCCCUCCGCUCACCAAGCCAACAUGGAGAGGCUGAUGGGUCCCACAGUCACACUACCACUCCCACACCAACCCCUGAGCCUGAACUGGAGAAACAGCAGCUGGCCUCCUCGCUGUUUGUCGGCCUGAGCUCUCAGAGCUCUGUGUGUCUGAUGGGAAAAUCUGAUCCAACACCUCAGCGCUUCAGGAGAAAAGCCAAAGGUCUGAACUCAUCUUCAGUUCCCAAUGAGGUGACAUCAAACUCCAUCAGCUCUCCUCCGAGCACCGUGGAUAACUUAUUGUGUAACAACCUCCUGGACUCCAACGUGACCUCAGACCUGGACACACCUUCACCAGAACCUCCACCACAGCUCUCUCAGGACCUCAGCACUGCAAAUGGCACCUUUGAUGGGGAGUUAACACAAAGGGAUGUAAACACCAGUAACUCCUCUCUUAUUAGGGAUAAUGGUUUAGAUCCUGAACACUUGGAUGGAGAUAAAGACUCGUGUCUCAGCUCACAUCUUCCUGCAGAGCUCUCUGGACUCUCCCACUCUGAAAUCACUCCUCUGUGCUCCCACCAAAGCCUUCGCCUCUCCUCCUGUCAUGUGCAGAGAGAUGAAUGUGUAGCACUCAUUGUUUUUAUUUACAACUCUUCGCACUCUGACAUUGAGCAGAUUAUCUUAGAGCUGGACUCGGAUCAACUUGAGGUAUCGUGUGUGUGCGAAAGUCCGGUCCAGGAAGUGAGAAGUGACAGUGUUGUUGUGUGUCAGUACACUUUAAAUGUGAAGAGGCCUUCAGUCCAUUUUGAAGUGUGCGGGGUGGUGUCAUACACGUUUUCUGAUGGGACCCCUCAGUCGCUUCAAUUUUCAUUCAAGCUGCCUCUAACCAGCUUCAUCAGACCUCUGACAGUGUCCACAGACGAGUAUGGGACGAUGUGGUUGGCGUUCUCGAAUGAUACGAAGCAGAACUUGGCGCUGAUAAGUGAAGGCCAGGAAUCUCUUACAGCCACGCUGAACAUACUAAAGAGGAAACUUCAGCUUCAUGUGGUGGAAAUCAUCGGUAUGGAGGGUAUCGUAGCGUGCCAGCUCCUCCAGGAUCAGCCGUGUCUGAUGCACUGUCGCGCCCAUGCAGGAAUGCUAUCUGUGUGGCUUCGCUCUCCAAUCCCUGACCUGCCUGACUGCCUGAUGUACCACUGUCAGAGAGCUUUACAGGAGCACUGACCACCCAUCCCCCUCCACAGACCGCAGCACCCCCACGGACACCACUGAGCAGCAUGAACAUGAGGAGGAAGGUACACAGAGCAGCAGUGCAGAACAGAGCAGGACACAGUACACUAUUCUCUAUUAUCAUUGACAGAGUUGUUUUCUUCACCCAGAAAUAAUUUACUCCACAGUUGUUUGAAAGUUAUGUCUGGUUUUCCUCAGGGUCAAAGAUUGUGUCUUUAUCCUUCUGAAGAUGUUUCAGGAUAACACUUAUGUCUUAAAAUGAUGACUUGAAAACGAUUGAAAUGUUGUCUGAGUGAAAUGAAUGCUUUUAUUAUCUCUGCUGGUUCUUGGUUUUAAGGGGAACCCUACGUUUGAGGAUAGGUUGAUCUUACUGGAUAGACAUUAGUGGCUUUUAUGUGAAGGAUGUACAAAGAACUCCCUAGAUUUCAGCAUUUUGAGAAAAUUUCGAAAAUGGCUUCACAUUAAGGGUGCCAUUGCUGCACAAUGCACUCAGGGUAGCGAUGUCCAAUGGUUGAUGUUCUUCCCCCAUCUUUCUUAUUGUUCUCAGCUCAGUCUUAAUUAUAGUUACUAAUUCCUUAUUGUCUUCACUAAAAAUUAGCUAAGAUUAGACAGCCUUAAGGAUGACACUCCAUAGGAAGAGGAACAAUGCAACCACAAUGCAACGUGGUUAUUUUAAAACUCUCAAAAUGUAAAACUAGCAUGUUUCUUUGUUCUAAAAUCAUAAAAGACAAUAACUUUAAUCCAGUAAAGUCCCCAUUUCUUAAUAUGCAGGGCUUCUUUUCAAGACAUUGUGAAUAUAAUUUCUCUCUCAUUCUCAUAAACAAGAAAGUUUAGAUAUAAAAACUUUAUUGACAUGAUUCUUGUAGGACAUACUCUAAUCAUUUACAGAUCACUUUCCUUUUUGUUUCUCUUAACAUAAAAGCAUUUAACUACUUUAAAAAAUAUCUGAAAUACAGAAUGACAUGUAAAAACAAACACUCUUGCAUUAGAAUUGGAUGGUUUAUUUAAUUAAUGAGGUUUGUAAGAAACAAAAGAUUUCUUACAGGCGUCACAGCUAAAUUGUUAUAAUUUUUGGGUUAAAACAUGAAGGAGAGUUUUAAACUUAAAAGCUGAUAUUUGCAGAGAGCUAGAAGAACUUGCUGGUCUUAAUAUUUUAAGUUGGCAUCUGUGUUUGUCUAAAGGAUUACAUUUUGCUGACAUGAACCUCAGAGAGCAGCAGAUCUAAACUUUUCUAACCUCUACAAAGAGAAGACGUCAGCUUAAAUGUAGGUAAUUUCAGGACUUUUUUGGUUUCCCCUCCCUAUGUUUUGCAGAUGCUGCCUUCUGUGUGUGACAAUUAUCUAUGCACUCAUGUUUCUGGUGUGUCCGUUUCAGUGAAAUUUGGUGGAUUCUGGUGGUCUUGGACUACUCUAUUUUUGUAUCAAUGCAGUAUUAAAAACAUAUUUAUUGGAUUUAUAUUCUUACAAAAAAUAUUUUAUAUUAUUUCUUUAAAAACAUUGUGCUUCAGGUACUGUUUGAGUUUUCUGUGUCAGAUUUUACCCAUCACAGCCUGUAUUAUUUAAUUCAUCUUGAAGGGAAAGUUUUCUUCUGUUUUACCUGUGUCCUGAUUUGAAGAACAGCAUGGAGCUAAAAUUUUCUCAACUCUGAGUAACCAGACGCCUUAUGUUCUAAUGCCAUUGAGGUGUGUUUGAUUUGUGCCUGUGGUACACACUGAAUCAUGUGUUUCUUUCAGUGCCUGUCAAUACUUUUUGCUAACUUAUGAAUAAAUCCAACACAUGUAAA